CUUUGGCACCCAUCGACAGAGUGCCAACCAACGCUACAUCGCUUCUCCUCCCAGACCGCUAUUACUACACGGCGUCCAUAAGGCAUUUAAGGAUCAAUGAUUGGGCGCCUCAGCAUACCGUUACCUGUGCACCUGAUGAACAAUGCAACGGGGAGGCGAACCGAGCCUGCUACGUGAUCCGGACAACCGAGGACGGAGAGCUGAGGGGAAGGGCGCAGAGCUGUAUAACCAACGACACUGGAUUCAUCUGCACUUGGCCAGCCUGGUGCCCUGAUGACUACCACGAGUACGAGGGCCUCUGUCUGAAGGUGGCGGACGACAUCGCGAAAAUCCCCCAAAACAACCCGUCCUACACUAAGGGAAUGUUAGACUGCAUGGACGAGGGUGCGGCGCUGGCCUACCCGGAGUCUCUUGGUGUUCUGAACUUUCUGGCUCAUCUUGUGGUGGAGAAGGAAAGUAACCGCUCUGGUCAACCUUAUGGAAGCGAUUUGGACGAAACGAAGAAGGUGUUAACAGGAUUGUACGGAGGGAAGGGAGACUGGACUGGCGGCGGGGUCUACAGUCCGAACCCCGACGUGCUGUUCCUGGCGGGGGCGGAGCCGGGCAAAGACUACCGCCUCCUUAUGGUGCCAAAAGAGUUGAGCGAGAAUGUCACGCUCAAACCAACCACGGAUAAUAUCAAGAGCUCUAACGCCGACUACGCUGCGUGCCAACUGUAUGGGCUGGCGGACUGUCCAGGCGACCAGCCACAGCCAGGGGCAAACAUGACCCUCGAUUCAGGAUCUAACAGCACGCGUUUCGACACUCCACUCAACUACAAGUGUUUCCCGGGGUACUUCUCUCAGGGGACUGUGGGAUGGAAGGGGCAGUUCACGAGGUGCCGGGCUUCAAUGGGUGGCUGGACCUUCAACGAUAGACCAGACAUUGAGCCCUUCGUUGACUGUCUCUAUGUGGAAGUCUGCAACGACACCACAGUCCUGGAAACCGUAGGAACAAGGCCCAAUAUUACCUUCUCCGAGGACCAUCGCCACCUGGAGGGCUCCAUCAAAAUCAUUUGCGACAGCGGCGUCACCACAUCGCUCAACACCUCCUACCAAAAUCUCACCUGUUCAAGCAUUGAUGGCACCUAUGACUAUGUGCCCCAAGCUCUCCCCUGUAACGUAUGUGAAGGAGAGCCAAAAAUGCGGAACGCCAACUACACGUGGAAUGAGAGCCGCGCCUACACCACGGACGACACCAUCAAUGUCACCUGCCACGAGGGUCACCUGACGAAGCAGCGGGAAGACAAGGUGGUGAUCACGUGCUACGAAUGGGGAUGGGGGGCAACGGGAUGGUGCUUCAAAGUCUGCGCCGACCCCCUGCCCUCCCCCGGUGCCGAUAUCACCCUGGAGGAAGUGCCAAGUGACCCCGUGGUAAUGGAUGACAAAGCCGUGUACAGGUGUUCACCGGGCACCUAUGUUCCGCAGAGUUACCCAAAAGUAAACAACAAACUCACUCUUAAAUGCCACCAUGGGAAUUGGAAACCAGAUUAUAGACAAGACGCGGAUCCCUACUGCGCCCUGUUGUGCCUCGCCGACCCGCCGUCAAGCCCUGCAAGAAUCCCAAACUGGGCCGCACCUGUCAACAGCUCCUGGGACGAAACCACCAGGACCGCGGGAACACAGGUGGAGUUGUCGUGUUCAGAUGAUCGUGUACUACCAGACUUAACGGCCACAAUAACAGUGGAGUGUAAGGAGGACGGAGAUUGGACCCACGUGGACCUCGAUCCCCUUAUCUGCAGACGAGUGGCAACAGACCCGCCCCCCCUCCCCCGCGGUAGUGUGAUGGAGGGUCAGCCCCCCCCGCAUUACUGGGAGGGGGACGAAGUGGGGUACCGGUGCCCCCUCAACACGCUGUCCCCCACCGGCACCAACACCACCACCGCCCUUUUCAACGGGACACACUGGGUGCUGGCGGACCCCGACUUCGAGUGCCUACCAAUGUGCCUCGCGGACCCCCCGGCGCCUCCCCCCCGUGGCAACUCCUCCUGGGACGGCUGGACGCGAAUUGUCUUCACUCAGGUGGAGUUGACAUGCAGCGACCCGUACCUCUUCACCAGCCUCAACACCUCCAUCAACAUCACGUGCCAGAACGAAACUAUCACCUGGACCCACGUGAGCCCCGACGACCUCCUCUGCAGAAUACUGGCCCCCGAGCCCCCGCCCCACCCCCCCGGCAGCGAGAUGAAGGGCACGGCACCCCCUAACUACUGGGAGGGGGACGAGGCGCGGUACUACUGCCCCCCCGACAAGCUCUCCCCCACCGGCACCAACACCACCACCGCCCACUUCAACGGCGUGCAGUGGACCCUGGACGACCCGGCCUUCGCGUGCUUACCAGUGUGUUGGAAGGACCCGCCAACCCCGCAAGGACCCGGGAACUCCACGUGGGACGGAAGGACGAGAUUCACCAGUACUUCAGUGGAGUUGACAUGCAAAGACCCUUAUCUCUUCGCCAACCUCAACACCUCCAUCACCACCGCCUGCGACCCCAUCACCCUCAAUUGGACCUUCGUGGACGCUGACCCAUGCAUCUCCAACACCACUACCACCACCACCAUCACCAACACCACUAACACUACCACCAUCAUCACCACCUGCGACUCUGACAGCUACUUCGAGGACCCCAACCUCCUCCGCUGCAGAUUACUGGCCGUUGACCCACCGCCCCUUCCCCCUGAGAGUGAACUGGUCGGCCCGGAGCCCCCACACUACUGGGAGGGGGACGAGGUGUGGUAUCGGUGCCCCCCCAACAGACUGUCCCCCACCGGCACCAACACCACCACCGCCCACUUCAACGGGACACACUGGGUGCUGGCGGACCCGGACUUCGAGUGCCUCCUACGGUGCUCCGGACCCCCACCAGACCCAGCAGCGGACAUGGAGUGGAUAUACGCAGGGGCUGAGGUGUGGGGGGCUGUGGCCACAUACAUCUGCGACACCCACUUCCUGGACGGCAACAAGACGCUAAACACUACUUGCAUCGAGGGAAAUUGGACCCUAACGGAACUGCCGGAGUGUGUUGGUGAGUAUCGUCUGACCUGGCAUAGCUGUGGAUAGAUUAUUAUUAUUAUUACUUUUAUUAUUGGGAUCCAUGUAAGGGCGUCAAGGGAAAAAAAAAAAAAAUGAUAUGGAUGAAGAGUCCCCUGAAUAAAAGGGGGACACAAACAAUACCUAAUGAGUUAAAAGGUGAGUAUUAACUUUUGCUUUAGGUUGAGUAAUGACGUGACCUCAGGAAAAUAUUAUAUAGUGCUUUAUGAUAUAGGAAUCCCCAAAUUUGAUGCAGUUCCAAAUAUACGAUGAACCUUAUGUAACCUUAACCCAGUAGCAGCGGGGAUCAUGUUUCUUAAUGGUCCCUCUAAGCGAGAAAA